GAUCCACCUUCCAACCCCAAGAUGGCGGCGCCCGGGCAGUGACCCGGAAGUGCUUCUAGCUGGUACAGCGAGCGGUCAUGGCUGUGCUCAGGUGUUUCCUUCGUAGAGAUUUGCACAAGGCGGUUCUGGGACUGCGGAACAUGUCGUCUGAGGCGGGGCCUGCAUCCUAUGACUAUGAGACACUGAAAGUCACAACACCAAAAGAUAACAUCUUCCACGUGGAAAUAAACCGUCCUGAGAAAAGAAAUGCCAUGAACAAAGCUUUCUGGAGGGAGAUGGUUCUCUGCUUCCGUGCCUUAUCAGACGACACUGAUUGUAGAGCAGUCGUUAUUUCUGGUGCUGGUAAAAUGUUCACGUCAGGUAUUGACCUUUCAGACCUUGCCGGUGAUUUUUUACAACAUGAGGAAACUGACACUGCAAGAAUUGCCUGGAACGUGCGCAAGAAGAUAAAAGAUUAUCAGGAAUCUUUUAGUGCUAUUGAGAAGUGUACGAAGCCAGUGAUUGCUGCAAUCCAUAAUGGGUGCAUUGGAGGAGGGAUGAAUCUCAUCACUGCCUGUGACAUCCGUUACUGCUCGCAGGAUGCCUGGUUUCAAGUUAAGGAAGUGGACGUGGGUCUAGCAGCUGAUGUAGGAGCCCUCCAACGUUUGCCAAGCGUCAUCGGUAGCAGAAGCCUGGUCAGUGAGCUGGCCUUAACCGCUAGGAAAAUGAUGUCGGAUGAAGCCUUGAGCAGCGGCUUAGUCAGCCGUGUGUUUCCUGAUAAAUCUUCCCUCAUGCUUGCUUCCUUUGAUCUGGCCUCCGAGAUUGCCAGCAGGAGCCCCGUGGCUGUUCAGGGAACCAAAAUCAACCUUAUAUAUUCUCGAGAUCACUCGGUGCAGGAGAGUUUGGAUUACAUGGCUAACUGGAACAUGAGCAUGCUGCAGACUGAGGACAUCUUGAAGUCUGCACAGGCUGUCUUACAAAAGAAGAGCCCAAAAGACGUUACUUUUUCCAAACUGUAAUGGAAGCCCAUUACUGCCGACUAAAACUGUAAUAAUCGUCCGAUGGACCCCUAUGAUUGGAACAACAGUCAGUCAUGAUUUAAUAUAUUUGCACCAAAAAGCUGAAGUUUAAAAAUUGUCCUUUCAAAAAGCACCUGGAGUGACAGGAAUGAAAAAAAAAAAAA